AUGUGGCAAGAUAGCUUGCUUGACAAAACGCCAGCUGGAUCGGUAGAAUCAGAUCAGGCUGCCGUUUGUGCAAAGACAGAAGGCGAUCAAGUUCCCGGUGAAGAAGUAACGAAAACAACAACUAUGAUGAUACACAGAUUGAAGAUCACGACUAAGACGACGGGAGAUGAGUGCACAACAGGCAGUGAACCCCCUCCGUGGCAAUGGGAGAAUGUGGUUGGUGGCAGCGUCGGAGCUUGUGCCAUCGGAGGCGCAACAAAAAGAAAUGGAGGAAUCUGCACAAAGUUCGUGUGGGCCAUCAGAGGCGCAGCAAAAGGAACUGGAGCAAGCUGGUCAAGGAUCAAGUGUGCCAUCAGAGGCGCAACAAAAAGAAUUGGAGCGACGUGGAGAAGAAUCAAGUGUUUCAUCAGAGGCCCAACAAAAAGAAGCGCAACAACCUGGCCAAGGAUCAAGUCUGCCAUCAGAGGGCCAGCAAAAGGAGUCGCAGCUACCCGGCCAAGGAUCAAGCAUGCUGUCAGAGGCGCAGCAGGAAGGAACGGCCAGCAACCUGAUCAAGGAUUGAGUGUGCCAUCGGAGGCGCAACAAAAAGAAAAGGAGCAAUAUGCACAAAGUUCGUGUGGGCCAUCAGAGGCGCAGCAAAUGGAGCAAGCUGGUCAAGGAACAAGCGUGCCGUCAGAGGCGCAACAAAAAGAAUUGGAGCGACGUGGAGAAGAAUCAAGUGUUUCAUCAGAGGCCCAACCAAAAGAAGCGCAACAACCUGGCCAAGGAUCAAGUCUGCCAUCAGAGGGCCAGCAAAAAGAACUGCAGCUACCUGGCCAAGGAUCAAGCAUGCUGUCAGAGGCGCAGCAGAAAGAACUGGAGCAACCUGAUCAAGGAUUGAGUGUGCCAUCAGAGGCGCAACAAAAAGAACCGGCGCAUCCUGUGUCGGGGGUGCCAGAAGAGGCUGAGUUGAUCACCGAAGAACCAGAAAAGCCAAAACCUGAGCCAACGGACCCGUUAGCGGAACCCCUGUUGCCUGCAACAGAGCCAGAGGAUGCAAUAGAAACAAAGAUUCCCAUGGAUCUUGAUCAUACACAACCUAGUUCAUCAGAAAAACCGCAGGGGAAGUCAGAGUUCCCAAUUGAUAGCACACCACAGCCGUCUAAGGAGGCGGAUGUACCGCCUGCAGUUGAGCAGAAACAGAAACUGGAGUCGCAGUCGCAAUGGAUGCAGGAGAUGCAAACGAAAGAGGAAGAGAAAAAGGCCGCAUUGAUGCAACAACAGCAAGUGGAGUCACUGUUAGAAAGGACGGAGGAAGUACAGAAAAAGGAAGAUGAGAGAAUGAAGACAGAUAACUUGACUGAGCAAAGUAGAAUUAGAGAGGAGGGUUAUAGUAAUGCGACGAAGGAUUCUCAGAAACCAUCUCAGUUAUCAAAGACGGUCGAGGUCACCACCACUAGACAAGUGAUUCCUCAUGUACGAUUUUCCGUAACUGAUCUGUGUUUUCAUUGUCACUUAUGUGUUUCAUUUCAGAAGUUCCCAAUGCGGACACAGAUUGUCACAGAAAGGGAGAUAGUGGAAAGACGUGUUCUCGAAAGGAUAACAGUGGUACUUAUAUUAUGCUUUGCGGUUACAUUCAAAAAACGGUGCCUGAAUGUGUCUGUCCGAUGCUGCAGUAGUAGUCCAAUAAUUGCCAAUAGAAUAGUCUAA